AUGCCUGCGAUACUGUCGAAAAUUCGAGAACAAGCUUCGAGGGUUCAGCCGUCGUUAGCACUCGGUGUGGGUGUGGGAGUGGCGCUAGCAGCGUGUGCCUUGUACGGAACCAGAGAGAAGAAACAACAGACUCCAUGCAAUAAUAAUAACAAUUAUAAGGUAGCUAAAAAUGGAAAACUGCAAACGGUGCCUGAAGGUAGCUCAGAGACAUGCGGUGGUCGGUGUGGUGCUGAUCAGUGCGCACUCUGUAGAGGGGACGCCGACACUGACAACAAGCAGAAUAUUGAAGAUGCAGAUGAGCCCUCACCGCCGCAAGAGGAAUACAUACCUGGGUUAAACUUGGAGUUCCUCAGGCAGCUGGUUUCUCUCGCCAAGAUAAUGGUGCCAGGGUUCCGCAGUCACGAGGUCGCCCUGCUUACUGCUCAUACGCUGUGCUUGUUCUCCAGGACUUUCCUGUCUAUAUACGUCGCAUCUUUGGAGGGUUCCAUAGUGAGGCAUAUAGUUCAAAAGGACAUGCGUCGCUUCGCCAUGCUCCUCCUGCAAUGGUUCGGUAUCGCGAUUCCGGCCACCUUCAUCAACUCUAUGAUCAGAUACUUGGAGGGUCGGCUGGCUCUCGCCUUCCGUACCAGGCUGGUGAGCCACGCGUACCAGCUCUACUUCAGCAAUCAGACUUAUUACAAGGUGGCUAACCUCGACUCAAGGAUAGAGAAUGCUGACCACAGGUUGACUGAAGAUGUAUCUGUGUUCACUCAGUCUGUGGCACACUUGUACAGCUCUCUAACGAAACCUUGCUUCGAUCUGCUCCUCAUAGUCUUGACAUUAGCUAGCUACUCCAACAAGAUGAAGGGAAAUAUAUUCGUAGGACCAAGUAUUGCGUUCGUAGUGAUCUGCCUCACUGGACAGUUGCUCAGACUGUUAAGUCCUAAGUUCGGUGCUUUGGCCGGUGAGGAAGCCCGUAUGAAAGCCAAUUUGCGGCACGCGCAUUCUAGACUAAUAGCACACGCAGAAGAAGUAGCCUUCUAUGGUGGACACAAGGUGGAGCACGGGCAGCUGAAGGCGGCGUACGGACAGCUGGUGGGGCAGAUGACGCGCGUGUUCCGUCUCAAGCUGUGGUAUGUGAUGCUGGAGCAGUUCUGCAUGAAAUACGUAUGGAGCGGUACCGGAAUGGUCAUGCUCGCGCUGCCCAUACUCACCGCUCGGACACAUGCAGGUUCAUCAGACGAUAGUAUAAGUUCACGCACCGAAUACAUGACGACUUCCAGGAACCUACUCAACUCUGCCGCCGACGCUAUAGAGAGGCUUAUGUCUAGUUACAAGGAAAUAGUGACGUUGGCAGGGUACGCGACGCGUGUGUCGGACAUGUUGACUGUGUUCAGCGAGGUGGCGCAAGGUAAAUGCGUCAGAUCUGUACACGUCGCGGCAUCGUCACACUCCGGAUUCCAGGUCACAUUCCGAGAUAACCAGCCCGUGCCUUUGGAGAUGCGCCGAAUAGUGGUUUCAUCGAAUAACCGAAUACCGAAUACUAUUCGGUUUAACUUCUAUCGAGCCGAAUAUUCGGCCGAAUUAUUCGGUAAAAUAAUGUACACGGACGAUUUGUCGAUCCGUUUGCGCAACGUGCCGAUAGUGACGCCUGCGUGCGACGUGGUGGCGAGUGGCGUCACGCUACAGUUGCAGCCCGGGACUCAUCUGCUGAUAGUGGGACCCAACGGGUGCGGCAAGUCCAGGUAUCUGUAUAUACUGAUUUUGUUCCGUAUAAUAUCCGGUCUAUGGCCGGUGUUUGGCGGCGAGCUGUCCGUACCGCGACCGUGCGCGUGCGGACACUGUUCCGAUGACUCAACACUCCGCCCACUCGGCCCCGGGUGUACCACCAGGCCCAUCAUGUUCUAUAUACCGCAGAGACCGUACAUGUCGGAGGGCACCCUGCUUGAGCAGGUGACGUACCCGACAUUGGCGCGGGGGCCCGAGGCGGAGCGACGCGCCACCAGCGUGCUGCGCCUCGUGCACCUCGACACCUGCGCCGCCAGGCACGGGGGACUGCACGCCACGCGCGACUGGCGCGCCACUCUCUCUGGCGGCGAGAAGCAGCGCAUGGCCAUGGCGCGCAUGUUCUAUCACAGGCCAGUAUACGCGUUACUGGACGAGUGUACUAGUGCUGUAUCGAUGGAGACCGAAGUAGUGAUGUACUCGGCGGCGGUGCGCGAGGGCAUCACUCUACUCUCAAUCACACAUAGACCUAGCGUAUGGAAAUAUCAUACGCACGUGUUAGAAUUCGACGGCGCCGGUAAUUGGUCGUUCCGGCAGCUAGACAAGGAGCAACCCUCGACCACGCCGGCCAUCAGUGGUACUAUCGCCAACACCACCUCCAUUGGUACCAAUACUGGUACCAACACUAAUACUACUGUCAGUACUUCCAAUGUUAACAGUACGACUGCUGUCAGUGAACCGCCUGUUAUAACCUGUCAAAACUAG